AUGGAAAGUAACACACAACCACUUAUUCCACAACAAAACCAUAAAAAGUAUCAUACUUAUUCAUUUAUAACAUGUUUUGCUGUUGUUGUUAAUUACAUUGUUGGUACAGGAGUAUUUGGAUUACCUUCAGCAUUUUAUUCAGCUGGAGUGCCAUUAUCAACAAUCACAAUUCUUAUAUUUUGCAUAUUAUCAUGUGUCACUGCUAUUUAUGUAAUUGAAACAUUAUCAAGAUCACAUGGAUAUGCUAUGGCAGUUGAAUCAGGAGAAUAUAAAUGUGAAAUGGGAUAUGAAGUAUAUGAUUAUUCAACUAUGGCACAGAUGUGGGGAGGAAAACCAGUUAAAUGGGCAACUACUAUUACAUUAAUGUGUAGUGCAUAUGGAUCAUUAUGGGCAUAUGUUGCUACAUGUGUUUCUACACUAUCAACAUUAUUUUGGUUGAUUUAUUCUAAUGAGCCAAUGAAGUGUGAUGUAUCUAAUAGAUGGCAUUUUGAUUGGAAAUGUAACGUAACAUAUUUUACAUCAAUAGCUGUAUAUGGACUUGUUGUUAUUCCACUUACAUUUAUUGACCUUACAGAACAAUCAUUACUUCAAUUAGUAUUAACUGUUUAUAGAUUUGUAUCAUUUCUCAUCAUGUUCAUUACAUGUGCUGUACAAUUAGGAAAAAAUGGACCAAUAGAAUUAAAAGUAAAUACAUAUGAAGAUGUUAGUUUUCUUAAAGAAUUUAGGUGGGUUGGUUUUGGUUCAAUGUUUACACAUGUUGCAUUUGCAUUAGCAUGUCAACAAAAUUUACCUGAUGCACUUGCACCAUUAAAUAAAAAGAAAUUUUCACAUAUUGCCACAUUAGGGUCAAUUAUAUUAUGUUGUUUUAUUUAUAUUGGGAUUGCAUUAGUUACGUCAUGGUGUUUUACAACAUCAACACCAUCACCAGUAACAUUGGCAUGGGCAGAUUAUAAUGGAUAUGAAGGUGGAUGGGGAGUAGGAAAAGCUAAAUGGUGGGCAAUAAUUAUCAAAUAUAUGAUUUUAUUAUUCCCCAUUGUUAACCUUACAAAUGAAUUUCCAUUAGUAGCAACAACAUUAUCAACUAACAUGAGAACAUUAUUUAGAAAUAAAAAUAGUAAAAGAACAAAAUUUAUUACUAAGGCAUUAGCUGCAUUCCCACCAUUCAUUUUAACAUGUGCAGUUGGUAGUUUAAGAGUAAUAUUUGAUGUUACUGGAUCAUUUUCAUUUGUGUUAUGUUUCUCUUUACCAUGUAUUUUCCAUUAUUUAUCAAGAAGAAAAGUUAUUGCUAAAUUCAAUAAAACUAAAACACCAUUUAGUGGACCAUGGUCAAGAAUUGAAGUUACAGGGGGUGUAUUUAUUAUAUCAUUAUUGCUCUUUAUCACUGCAGUAGUAUUUAUAAUAAAAGAAUUGGUCACGAAUUUUACUGUUGCCUAA